GUCAGUCAGUAAAGUCAGUUUCAGUACUUCAGUAGUCGGCAGGCGCAGCCAGCCAGGAGUUGACCGCAGAUAGGUGAAUGAUUCUUACGUCCGUCCGUAUAUACGCAACGCGUUUCUGUACAUACAAUUCAUCGGUGUCAGAUCGAUCCGUUGACGCUAUGCGGUGCCGCUAAAGUUUGUCCGACGGCGAGAGUUUUGGGGAGGGACGAAAGAAUAUGUCGACCGUUUGAAUAGCGGUAUUUUGUAAUGAUAAAAGGUGGUGACUCCGAUAACAAGUAAACGAGAACGGAAGCGUCAAUAAUAUACACCUGCAACGGCAGAGCACAGCUGGGAAAAUAAAAGUAAAUUUAAGACUCGUACUCAGACCGUCACCGCGAUGCAGGAAUUUAACGAUCAUGCCUCGGAUGCAGUGCUCCUCAACACGUUUGUGAUUCGUAAAAAGAGAUGCAGGGUAUAUUUUCAUCGGGGAACCCUCAUCUGGGAAACCGAACGACCUCCUUACACAAGGUGGACUUUACCUUUGACCGACGUCCUAGCAGCUCAUUAUGGCAAUGAUGCAGACGUAGAUAACACUGGUGGUGUUGACGAAAAGUCCCAAGCCCCAACAAGUUUUGUGCUUCAUUAUGCGGCUCGUGGUUCUAAACACAAAUGGAGUCAUCACAGCGUUAGAAUGAGUCACACCGAUUCUAGACAAGUAGCUUCUUGGGUGAAGACUAUUCGUAACUAUCUAUCAGGUUUGACCCAUCGUCCUAGAAAAAUAAUGGUCUUUGUUAAUCCAAUCGGGGGUAAGAAAAAGGGCUUGAAAAUAUGGGAAAGUGAUGUUCAACCGCUGCUUGCCAUAGCAGGCGUUGAAGCAAGGAUGUUGGUCACCGAAAGAGCGGGACACAUCCGAGACACAUUGCUUACCUGCAAUUUGGACGACGUUGAGGCAGUUGCUUGCAUUGGUGGAGACGGCACCUUUUCCGAGGUGUUCAACGGGUUGGUAUUACGGACUGUAAAGGACAAGGACCUGGACCCAAAUGAUCCAGAAGCUGUCUUACCGCCCCCAAAAUUACCAGUCGGCGUUAUUCCGAGCGGAAGUACCGAUACUGUAGCCUACAGCCUCCACGGGACGAUCGACGUUCAAACUGCCGUUAUACAUAUCAUUUUUGGAGACACAACAGGACUCGAUUUAUCAUCUGUCCACAAUAAUCGUUCCUUGCUAAGGUUAUACGCUAGCGUCCUUAGCUAUGGCUACCUUGGCGACGUAAUCCGAGAUAGUGAAAAGUUUCGCUGGAUGGGACCACAGAGAUACGAUUAUUCAGGGUUCAAGAAAAUACUCGCCAACAAAGGAUAUGAAGGGGAAAUAGAGCUCUUAUCGGAUCCGUGUCAUCCAGCUGCUAGCACUAAAUGCACAGAAAAUUGUACCAGAUGCUUUGAACAUACACGUAAUAACGAUUGCGAUAAAGAAAUAUUGAAAUGGCGGACAGUGAGAGGUAAAUUCUUUAUGGUCAAUGGUGCCAAUGUUUCAUGUGCAUGCGAUCGAAGUCCCUCAGGCUUUAGUCCACACUGUCACAUCGGAGAUGGAUGUAUUGACGUGAUAUUGAUCAGGCACACAUCGUUUUUAAAUAACAUCAGAGUCCUUUUGAGAUUGAGCAGUAGGAAUAAGAAUUUGUACGAUCUCCCUUUCGUCGAAGUAUACAGAGCCAGGGAAUUCAAAUUCCGACCUCUUCCGUCUGUGAUAAAUGUACCUGCUGACAACACCGAGGUGAACAUACCUCAAUCGCAGCCUGACCUCAGCGUGUGGAAUUGCGACGGCGAAGUAAUUCAGGAUUCGAAUUUGAAAAUCAGGGUACACUGCCAGUUACUUAAAGUUUAUACGAGGCGUAUGCAGGAUUCCAUUACCGAUACAUCUUGCUUUUGUCCGCUUUAAAGAGCGGGAACUGAGAAUUCGGAAAAGCGGGAAUUCUGUUUACAUUGGCGCUUCACAAGAUACCGAUUUUUUUUAUCUCCCUUUGAGUCCACCCCAGAAAUUUCAUAUCAAUAAUUAAACGUUGUAGUUCCUUUUAUAAGCUUGCCUCGUAUUGUUAAGACAUGCCACUUUUAUUGAUACUAUUAUUAUUUUUUAUCUGGUAUUAUAUUUUUAAAACAUGAUUAGUAUUUAUAUUUUUAUUGAAUAUUAUAUACACAUGAAAUACGCAUAAUAUCAUCGCUAUGCGCGCGCUAAAUUUUGGCAAUUGCUCGGGAGCUUUCGUUAUUUAAAAGAGUAACAAGUGCUACACUUCACGUAUUUGCAUUUACUUUGAACCGAUCUCAUUUUUUGUUUCUAUUUUUUCCCCCCUCUAUGCAUGGUUUUGAUUUUUCUAUGCUAAAGG